AAAAUCAGACUCCAGUGAAUCUUUCUUAGCUUAUAAUAUACCAUAAACAAAGCAGCAAAUUGAUAAAAAAGAAAAGGAACUGCACUCUUCUCUCUCUCUCUCUCUCUCUCUGUGGGUGUGAAACUGAGACAAGACUGUUCAUAUAGAGGAGAGAGAGAGAACGCUUAGAACCGAAUGCACAUACAGAACAGGCACAAAGAUAAAGAGAGAGCUCCUUAGAUCCGUGUUCUUUGGCUCAUUCGCUGACCGCGUUCCCAUGUCGUGAAGCUCGCUCCUUCUCAUGGUGAACUCAGCUAAGUCGUACUACAUGUCUUCAGGGAGCUGCGAUACGUAUCUGGGGUCCUCCUGCUUGGCCCGCGUUGACGCAAUGCGUACCUGCAUUGGUGGUUUUCCGGCGAGCUCGAGCUUCCGGUGACCGGAGAUACCGCCGACGAGCUCCGGCGGUGGGGGAGGGUGUUCGGGGCACAGAGAAUGGUGGAGAAGCGAGAAGAACAAGAUGAGAGAAGUGUCUGUUGAGAUUGCAGUUUCAUGCAACUCCAGGUGUACAGUUUUGGUGUCAAAUGGAUGAAUGUGUCUUUGGUUUUCCUCGUGAUGCGAAAGUACUGACUUUGAGAUAGAAAACUGCGCCGGAGAUUCAAGACUCUUCCUGGGAAGAUCACAGAAUCUCCCCCUUCAUCCCGUGUCAACGGUGGAUUCACAAUCUCUGACAUGUGUACAGACGACAAGAAUUAGAUCUCAAUUGCUUUUGUUUCGACAGAGGUUUUGUGUCCAGAGAAUCCAAGAAGAUUUCUAAUCAUAGAAUGGUGGAAAAAGAUGAAGGUUCAAAAAUAGAAAUGAAAGACAAGAGUUUCAGGUCCCAAGCAAGUGAAAGUAAAAGAGACGAAACCACUGAGACUAGCUUUCUUGAUUUGCCGAUGGAAAAUGACGAGAUUCUCCUUCACAGUCUUCCAGAAGGACAGUUAAGUACGACCAAUCACAAUGCCGAUCUACACGGCCUAUUUAGGAUGUCUAGUGGAUCAAAUCUUACAAUAUCUAGCUCUGAGAGCAGCUCCGGAUUAAAUUCACCUCAAGAGAUUAAAGCAAGAAACUUCAUCCAACACAGCCCGACUAGCUUCCUCUCGUCUCUUGGUUAUGCCUCAGUGCCUCAGAAACUGAUAGCAGAUGAAUCAGCCAGAGCUCACCAAGAACAUCAGAGGUCAAAGUGGGAGUGGUCGCUAAAUCUUGAUGGCAACUUGAGUACAGAUGACUCCCAGAUUAAAUUUCAGAAUGUUCAUACGAGCGAAGAACCAGAACUGGCUUCUCACAGUGAGGUUGUAAGGCUUAAGGCUGAGUUAUUUGCUUCGGCUAGACAAGCAGAUGUUUCAGAGUUGGAAUUGCAAACUCUUCGCAAGCAAAUCGUGAAAGAGACCAAAAGGGCUCAAAGGCUCUCAGAAGAAAAUGUUAGAUUGAAGGAGGAGAGGGAUUCACUCAAGGAAGUAUCUGAGAAAUUCAAGGCCUUCAAAAAUGAUUUUGAGGGCGGAGAUCUGCAGGCAGUCUUGGUAGAAUUAAGAAAAGAACUGAGUCAUGAGAAGGAGGUCAAUGCUCAUUUGAGGUUGCAACUUCAAAAGACACAGGACUCAAAUGCUGAAUUGGUUCUUGCCGUCAAAGAACUAGAUGACAUGUUGAAGCAGAAGGAUCAAGAAACACUCAAAAUUGAAGCAGUUGAAGAUGAGGACCAGAAGGCAUUGAUAGCUCUCAUAAAGGGCCAGACAGAUGCAAAUGGUCCAAUCCAGCUCGACCAAAAUAUCAAUGACCUUCGUAAUGAAAUAGCUAACUGCAAGAGGGAAAAGGAUGAGUUGGAGAUGCAGAUGGAGCAGCUUGCACUAGACUAUGAAAUAUUGAGGCAGGAAAAUCACGAGAUAUCAUCCAAAUGGGAACAAUUCCAGCUUGAGGAACAACUGAAUAUUCAAUAUCAAUGCACUUCUUGUUUGACUGAUGGAAGUAAACCGGAAAAUUACAUUCAAAUAUUGGAAAAUGACCUCAAGAGCAAGUCAGAAUCUCUAUCAGAUGCUCUUGCAAACAUUAACAAACUUGAAACGUGUAUUAGUGGCUUGGAACAAGAACUGGAGAAGCAGGCAAAAGAAUUUGAAGCAGCUCUCGAAGACAUAACGCAUGCCAAAGUAGAGCAAGAGCAAAGAGCCAUCCGAGUAGAGGAGGCUCUAAGAAAAGUGAGACAAAAAUAUGCAAAUGUAGCUGAGAAGACAAGACGGAAAUAUGCAAAUGUUGCUGAAAGGAUACAGGAGGAGUUCAGGAGACUUUCCAUGCAAAUGUUGUCAACAUUUGAGGCAAAUGAGGCAGUGACUACGAAAGUAUUGACAGAAGCUCGAGAACUGCGUGCACAGAAAAGUCAACUGGAGGAAACACUCCAGAAAGCUAAUGAAGAGCUCCUUUCUGUUCGAGGCAAUUACGAUGCAAAAAUGGAAGAGCUCUCCAGAGAAAUAAAAGUGAAAACAGAUCAGAUUGAACAGAUGGUUUUGGAAAUCAAUGAAAAGUCUAGGCAGCUUGAACAUCAGAAGGAGCUUGAGACUGAAGACUGUAAAAGAAGUUUGUCGCAGGAGAUAGAAAUGUUGAAAAGUGAGAUAACAAGGCUGAGCACGGACAACAAUUUCCUCUCUAAUCAAGAGGAAAAUCUAACUGCAGAGUUGGAACAGAUGAAAAAAUCACUUGCUGAAACUGAGAUUGUGGUGGAAAAAGGAAAUGCAGAAAGAGAUGUGCUGGUCAGUGCCCUUGCUUCACUGAAGAAAGAGAUGGAAGAUUCACUGAUGGAGUUAAAUACCUUGAGGCAAAUGAAAGAUCAAAAGGAAAUCUUUAUUGAAAGCUUAAAGUCGGAAUUGGAAAACCUUAAAGCUCAGCAUGAUGACAUGAAAAGCUCAAAAUUUGAAGAAAAAUCGUGGAAAGAACGACUAACAAAACUAGCAAUCAAGCCAAAGGGUGAUCUCAAGAAGCAGGAAGACGCCUUCCCCGUGACUGAGAAAAAGAGGAACAGGCGAGCAGUAGUUUCGGAAGGAAAAAAUGGUACUCUGAGAAGUAAUAAGCUUGCUCAAGUUUCUAGCAGCAACAAAGAGCUGACAAGUCUACAGGAGAAAAUCAAAUUGCUUGAGGACCAUAUCCAAUCGAAGCAAGCUGCAUUUGACUCCAUGAAGGAUUCAUUCCUCGCUAGGGAAAGUGACCUGCAAAACAUAAUUGAGGAGUUAGAGAGCAGGUUGCGAGAAAAGAGAUGUGAAGAUAUUGACGAAGUCAUGCCAACAGGUGUGACACCUGAAGAAUCGGACACUCUAUCGGAAAAUACGUGCAAUGCGUCACACAAGCCUGGUGAAAAUGGCAAUGCGAUCCAUGGGGAUCAUUAUGACAUUGUUUUGGACAAUGAAGCUUUUAUCUCCGGUUCCAAUGCCAGAGACAGCAACUUCGGCAACUUCGACCAGCUACUAACUGAAUUGGCAUUGUUGAGGGAGAGGAACGAGGCAAUGGAGCUCGAGCUAAAGGAUCUGCAAGAAAGAUACUCCCAGAUAAGCCUCAAGUUCGCUGAGGUGGAGGGCGAGAGACAACAGCUGGUGAUGGCACUUCGAAACCUCAAGAACGCCAAGAAUGGCAGCUGAACAUCACCGGUGUAGCAUCACCGGUGAGCUACACCGAUGAUAUAGCGUACAGAACUAAGCAUUUGGCUCUGGCCAAUCAAGAGUCUUGAUGCGAGGCCAACUGUUAAUAAGCUUGUACAUUAGCAAAUAACGGCUAUGGGCACGUGCGGCUAGACCAUCUUCAUACAAGUUUGUAAGAGCUUUUCGUCUGUACCCAAAUAACUGAAUGGCCAUGUUUAGGGAACUUCCACUUGUGUCUCCAAUUUGCUUUCCCCAUCCACAAAACUAAAGUACCUAUUUCAGAAUGCCCAACCCACGAUGCAAGUGACA